CUUGGCAUCCCCGUAUGAAAUAAGAUUAUUUAGCAAAUGUUAAAAUGAAAAAUUGUUCCACUUUUCCUACAAAAAAUAUCCAUGACUUUAGAAAUGUGUGAAAUAUAAUUAUAUAGACACUUUAUUUCGAAUUUCAGUUUCAAAUCAUGUAGCUCUUUUAUUCCUUACUACUAGUUUAACUUGUAAUUAAAAUGGCGGUUGUAGGAGUUUCCAAAUCGUUGAACAGAACCCUCUUUUUAGUGGGGUUAGCUACCUUGUUAGUACUUUCAGUGAUAUCCAUAUGUGUUUAUAAGUCACAAGACUCGUUGUUGCCUUUUAUGAAUAUAAAUAAUGAAUCCUCGGUAUCACACGGUUCCGUUAGCUCAAUAAACUCCGAUAAACAAUUAGAGGAGGUUGCAAAGGUUGACCAAACCCAAGAAGAUCAAAAAGAUCAAGUUGAACAAAAUCAAAAUCACAAUGGAUCUAGUUUUAUUAAAUCCGAAUAUAAAUCCGCAACAUCUCCGUAUAAAAGAGUUGAGUUUCUUAGUCCUACUUUAAUAAAUCAUAAUAAUAACUCUGUACUCAUUCUAGUGUUAAUCGGGCCCAAAAGUCCAUUUGGAAGGGAUAGAAAUUUUGAAGAAUUUAUGGCUACCAUUGGAAAAUUAUAUGCUAACUCCGAAACUGAGUUGACAAUAUCAAUGGGAUUCUUAAUUAAUGUUGAAGAAGAAUUCGAUAAAGUUGUACAAUUCUUUGACCUUAAUUUUGAGAAAUUAAUUCAAGAAGCACCAACUCCAAUUUCGAGAAUUACGGUAUCAACCAAUACUGAUCUUGACAAAAACUUAGGUUUCCUGAGAGAUCAUAGACAUGAUAGCGAAGUACAAAGACUCAGAAGAAGAGCCAUUGCAAAAAAUAGAAAUUAUCUUACCAUUUCUACUUUGAAAGAUGAACAGUAUCUUUUAUUCUUGGAUUCAGAUAUUAUUGACUUUGAAAGGCCACAUAGGAUCCUUUCUACUUUCAUUGAGUCUGGAAAAGAUAUUAUCGUACCUCGAAUUUCCAAGGGAGCUAAUGUUGAUUAUGAUUUAAAUUCGUGGAAGGGCAAAAGACCAAAACCUAAUGAUAUGCAAUUAAAACUUCUCGAUGAAGGAAAAAUUGUUGAAGCAGCAUACUAUCCAGAAAAAGUUGAAGCAGCUGCUGGUGCUGCUUCAGGAACGCUUCAUUUUAGGAACUUUUUACAUGAUAAAGAAUAUAGCGAAUUCCGUCAUAAUUAUAAACAUGCUGUUGAGUUGGACUCAGUUGGUGGAGCUAUGCUUUUCAUGAAGGCUGAUGUUUUCAGAAUGGGUGCUAAUUUCCCAACUAGUUAUAUCGUUGGAACCACUUGGGAUAGAUCAGAAGGUUAUGAUGGCAUUGAGACUGAAGGAAUAUGUUAUUUAGCAAAACCUUUAGGUUUUAAAUGUUGGGGUUACCCUAAUGUUGUAGGCAUUCAUUCACCUGGUUGAAUAUUGCUCGCAACCCCUUAUAUAUAUUCUUAUAUAUAUUCUUAUGUAUUUUUAUAAACGGUGUUAGAUCUGGUUUUGAGAGAAUAGCAGCUGAAAGGAGGCGCUUCGAAAUUACUGUAGUUUUGGAAAAGUUUUGGAAAAGUUUUCGAACUUCAUAUUAUAUAAAUUAAACUCUUGGAUGGGAACAACUGCGAAUUAUGACUUGAUUGAUACGAUUCUUUCGUAUUGCGUGCUACCGAUAUAAUCAUUAUUUUUUGCAUCAUAUUUUAUUGCGAAAUUUUGUCGUUUCACAUGGAAGAGUAAUACAAAUGGUUUCAAGCUGCAAUACACUCUAUUCCUCUAAUUACAAGUGAAAUCCUUUGGGUAUAUAUUAUUUAUCAGCUUGCAAUUCUUAAAAUACCCGAAUAAGAUAAAUAGAUUUGAUAUUAGUGACUGAAAAUCAGUUUCCGGUGGAUUACAUCUUUAAAUAUAUAUGCCUCC